UGGACCCUGUUUUGAUGCGCGAUCUGGUGGAAAAACUCCCAGGCUCGAUACGACUGGACUGGGUGGCCUUCAAAAACAGACACUCUGGUGCCAAUCUGGAAACUUUUGGAGAUUUUAUGUCGGGGCUAGUCAACGCAGCGAGUGAAGUGACAUUCGACCUACCAGGAUGCAGCAGCAACAUUCGAGUGGACAAGCGCAAGCAGAAAGAUGCAGGAUCUUUGCAUGCUCACAUUCCGCGAAGAUUCGAAGAUUCUACACCAUCCACGUCGGGAGACUUCAUACCUUUCAGCGAACCAGGUAAGCCUUGUGCGUCUUGUGGGCGCAGUGGUCAUCGAGUAGCGGACUGCCCACAGUUUAAAUCAGCUAGCACCGACGAGCGCUGGAAGCUCGUUCAACAGAAAUUUCUCUGCAGAACGUGCCUCAACAGUCAUGGUAAGUGGCCUUGUAGAUCUUGGAAAGGCUGCGAGAUCGAAGGUUGUCGUCAAACCCAUCAUACACUCCUCCACUCCUCCUCCCCAUCUGGAACCGCGAACAUCCUUGCCAGUCACUUGUCACUUGGAAAAGUGUCAUGGCCGCUAUUUCGAAUGUUACCAGUCAUCAUCUACGGAAAACAGGGUCCGCUACUGAUAUUUGCCUUUAUUGAUGAAGGAUCUUCAUACACUCUCUUGGAAGAUUCUAUCGCCGGUGAGCUGGGUAUUUCGGGGCCAUCGAAUCCUCUCACUCUACAAUGGACCGGGGACGUCAAGCGCAUCGAGAAAAACUCGAGGGCUAUCCAAUUCAACAUAUCUGGGAAAGGUCAAUCAACCGUUCAUGAACAAGUUCGCGCUCGGACCGUCAGUAGCUUGAUGUUACCACCACAAACAUUGAACUACCAGGAACUUUCCCAACGUUUUCCCCAUCUACGUGGCCUUCCGAUUGAAGGAUAUGAACUAGUUCAACCAAAACUGUUGUUAGGGCUGGACAAUUUGAGGCGUUCCACUCAAACUGCGAGAAGGCGGACCAAUGGAUCCUAUAGCAGUUAAGUGCCGCCUUGGGUGGAGUAUUUAUGGAUACCUUUCGAAACAAGAAAAUCGAGAAGCAGUUGUCAACUUUCACGUCGCUGUUGGAAAUGACUACGAAAGUGAAAUGAAUGAGCAGAUGCGCGACUACUUUACGUUGGAAAAUGUUGGAGUAACAGCUGGGCAUGGCAAGUUGGAGUCCGUGGAUGAUAAGCGAGCGACGUCGAUUUUGCGGGACACAACUAGGCGUAUAGCUGACGGAACUCGCUACGAGACUGGAUUAUUAUGGAAAGUAGACAACCCCGAUUUUCCAGACAGCUAUCCGAUGGCGGUCCGUCGUCUCGAGCUGCUCGAGCGCAGACUCAAUAAGGAUCCUGAGCUGGCCAAACGGGUAAGGGAACAUGUAGCUGACUACGAACGAAAAGGCUAUGCGCAUAAAGCUUCACUUCUUGAGCUAACAUCUGUAGAUGUCAGUCAGAUAUGGUACCUACCACUUGGCAUCGUAACUAAUCCCAAAAAACCACAAAAAAUCAGACUGAUUUGGGACGCAGCCGCCAAAGUGGGUGGGUGUUCGUUCAACGCAAAACUGCUCAAAGGGCCGGAUCUAUUGACACCGCUCCCGAAGGUCCUUUGCCAAUUUCGGAAAUAUCUCGUUGCUAUCUCUGGAGACCUGAUGGAGAUGUUUCAUCAAAUAAGAAUUCGGUUUCCUGAUUGUCAAUCGCAGAGAUUCCUGUAUAGAGAUCAACCAACGGACUAUCCCUCUAUAUAUGUCAUGGAUGUGGCUACAUUUGGGUCAACCUGCUCUCCAGCAUCGGCCCAAUAUGUCAAAAAUCAGAAUGCCCGUGAAUUUGCCGAGGAGUUUCCACGCGGUGCCGAUGCGAUCAUCCACAAACAUUAUGUGGAUGACUACCUGGAUAGCUUCCGAACUGUUCAGGAAGCUGUAGAGGUAGUGAAUGAAGUGAAAAUGAUCCAUUCCAAAGGUGGAUUUACACUACGGCGCUUCUUCUCAAACGUUCCAGAGGUUCUACAGGCGAUUGGCGAGGUUACUGAAGAGGAAAGCAAAACCCUUCUUCUUGAACGGGGAGAAAACUCCGAAUCGGUACUCGGAAUGCGGUGGAUACCCAGCGAAGAUGUAUUUUUGUAUUCGUUCAACAUGAGAGACUGCCUGCGGUCCAUUCUAAAAGACGACUACAUUCCAACGAAGCGUGAGGUCGUUAAAGUCGUUAUGGCAUUGUUUGAUCCUCUGGGGCUUAUCUCGUUUUUCCUUGUACAUGGCAAAGUGCUAAUUCAGGAUAUCUGGGCCAGAAGUACUGAUUGGGAUGAGGCUAUUCCCAAAGAUCUCUAUGAACGGUGGAUACAAUGGACGAGCUUGUUCCCGAAAUUAGAGCAGUUACGCAUUCCCCGAUGUUAUUUUCAUUCCUCUGGUUUGGAAAGUCCCGACAGUCUUCAGAUUCACGUCUUCUGUGAUGCCAGCGAGGCAGCAUAUUCCAGCGUAGCUUACCUGCGACUAGAAGCUGACGGUGAAAUAAAAGUAGCACUCAUCGGUUCAAAAACGAAAGUUGCUCCCUUGAAAACUCUGUCGAUUCCGCGCUUGGAGUUGAGUGCGGCAGUACUCGGAACGCGCUUACUAGAGACCUUGCAAAACUACCACAAUCUUUCAAUAUCCAAAAGGAUUCUAUGGAGUGAUUCGAGCACAGUACUGGCGUGGAUUAAAUCAGACCAUCGACGGUAUCAAAAAUUCGUUGCUUUCCGUAUUGGGGAAAUUCUGACAACCACAGAUCAAUCAAAGUGGAGAUGGAUUCCCACAAAGUUCAAUGUCUCCGAUCAAGCAACGAAGUGGGGUAAUGGACCGGUGCUAUCGACGGAGAAUCCCUGGUUCAGAGGGCCAAGCUUUCUCCACAAACCAGAAAAUCUUUGGCCUGCACAGCGUUCGGUAAUUCCAACCGAAGAAGAACUUCGAGCACCGGCCGUGAACAUGUGUCAUCUAGCAGCGCAAGUCGAAACACCCCUUAACGUUUCUCGAUUCAGUUCUUGGCUGAGGCUUCAACGAACUACAGCGUUCGUGUUCCGUUACGUUGAUAACUGCAGUCGGAAGAGCAACAAAGAACAUUUACUGUUAGGUACUCUUACCCAGGAUGAGCUGAAACGCGCCGAAGAACUUUUAUGGAAAAUUGCCCAGAAAGCAGCGUUCCCCGAAGAAAUAUCCAUUCUCGCUACGUCUCAGGGACCACCGGAAAGUCGUCAUCGUAUUGUGCACAAAUCGAGCUCCAUAUACAAGACAUGGCCGUUUAUGGAUGACAGAGGCGUCCUGAGAAUGCGAGGAAGAAUCGGGGCGGCCCCGUAUACACCAUUGGAUGCGAAGUUUCCCAUUAUCUUACCUAGGAAUCACGCAAUCACAUUUCUCAUCGUAGAUUGGUUUCAUCGACGAUUUCGACAUGCCAAUCGGGAAACAAUCGUUAACGAGAUUCGGCAACAAUUUGAGAUUUCCAAACUGAGGUCGCUGGUGGAAAAGGUCGUAAGAAAUUGUGUUUGGUGUCGGGUCGUGAAAGCUAUGCCAAGACCUCCGGCAAUGGCUCCACUUCCUGAGAUACGGCUAACUCCAUUCGUAAGACCGUUCACGUUCGUUGGACUUGACUAUUUUGGACCCAUCUUCGUUAAAGUCGGCAGGAGUGUGGCAAAACGAUGGGUUGCCCUGUUUACCUGCCUCACAAUCAGGGCAGUACAUAUGGAAGUGGUGCAUACCCUCGGCACAGAGUCCUGCAUCAUGGCCGUCCGCCGUUUCGUAUCUCGUCGCGGUCCGCCAAAAGAAGUAUACACCGAUAAUGGGACUUGCUUCCUCGGUGCAAGUCGGGAACUUAAAGAGGAAAUUCAAAAAAGGAAUGGUGCUCUGGCUUCAACAUUCACGAGUGCCACCACGAGUUGGAAGUUCAUCCCUCCUGCCGCCCCACAUAUGGGAGGGAUAUGGGAAAGACUCGUCCGCUCUGUAAAAGUUGCCAUCGGAGCGAUCCUCGACGUGGCUCGCAAACCAGACGAUGAAACUUUGGAAACCGUUAUCUUGGAAGCUGAAGCGAUGAUCAACUGUACACGGUGCCCCCACAGACCGUUAUUAUAAAAUAAAAAUGUCCAUCAAAACGAAGUUCAGGGAUCGAUUCCUGGUACCAUUCUGCACCUCUGGGCAAAUUUUUAAAAUAAUCCCUAGGAGGAAUCUCGAGAAAUCUCGAUUUGAUGUUUUAUACUGAGAAAUUUUAAAGAAAUCCAUGUUCAGAUUGGACAAUAUUGCCUAAAUACCUACAAAAAUUUCCCAAAGUGUUCAAAGUUGUUUCAAACCAGUAUAUAUUUAUUAACGUUACUUCAAUUAUACAUAUUUACUACUCACCCAACUCAGUUAACUGAUUAAACUGACUUAAGUAUGUUAUGCUAAGCCAUACACUAGUUUUAACAAACGCAUUUAAAACUAGAUUUUUUCAUCAUUGUUUCAUAAACAAAUUUUACUUCCAAAUGAUAUACAUUAAAACUUUCCCCGAUUCUACAACAUGUUUGCAAUUUGCACUCCAAUUUUCAUAGCGAUAUUAGCGUUCUCUGUGGAGUUAUGGCAAUACAUGUGAAACAGUGUUGAAACAUAUUUUUCCCUACAAUUUUGUACUGAGUUGAUUAAGUGCGUUGUGGUAUAUAUGUACGAUAUACGAUCUUCAAAAUCAGAAUCAUUUCUCAGUUUUCUUAAAAUGAAUAACGCUUUCAGCCACAAUAGUCAUAAACAAAAUUGUUCUUUUUUUUUCGAUAUUGCUAAGCUUUUUGAACAGGGGCGCUCAGUGUUUAGUAUUGUAUUGUUCCUUGCUGUAAAUGCAUCGCUCCUAUAUGAGGCGAGUAUUGACACAUAAUCGAUCCGAUGACCUUAAGGAAGUGGCCAGCGCCGUUAUUGGCUUUCAAAUGUUGAACACACGAAUUGUGCACAUUAAGAAUGAUUAGCUAGUCCCAAGCCUAAUAUUCAUUGGUACUCUGUGCAACUUCGAUUGCUCUGGUCAAUCACGGAUUAGCAAAUACGAUGUGUACGGUUAUCUUCGAAUUUAAUUUCUUUGAUAUUGCCUAGAAUUUUGAACAUUUUUUUGAAUGAAAAGUGCUACAUAUUCUUGCAUAUGAAUGAAUGAAUGUUAAAUAAAGAUCUAAUAGUACACCAAUUUUGGAAGAACAGGAAACUACGACGUAUAAUUAGUAAUUACAUAUUUAAUACGUUGUUGUGGAUUCAUGACGAAGUAGAAUAACAUCUUCCAAAUUAUAUUUCCUUACAAACUAGGAUACCACUCGUGAAAAUUUGGCGCUAUUUCUAUGAAUGUUGACUACAUUUUUGAAGGAAUAUGAUUUACGCGAUGAGAAAUACGAUGCAACUGAUUUUCAAUUCGUACCCAACUAUUCGUACCCAAAUAUUUUUUUUUUUCAAAAUCACUUAGGUUUUCCAUACAUUUGGUUGAUUAUAUACAGUCGAGACUCCUGUUAAAUACUGCCACCCACUUUAUGCCCACCGCAGUUUCUCAACUGUCUUACAUCCAAUUCAGCUGAUUUUUAGUGCGAUUAGUGCUUACUAUAUACUCCAUCAUAUACAAAAAAAUGAACUAAAUUGGUUAGAGGACAGCCUGGGAAACGCAAUGGGCGUAAAGUGGGCGGCAGCGUCUAAUAAAAGACCCGACUGUAUUUUGAUAUUUUGAUUGGUUUUAUCUCAACGGACCACAGAGGCACACCACAACGCACUUAAUCGACUCAGUAGAAAGUCAUAGAAAAAAAAAUGUUUCAACACUUUUUCACAUUUAUUGCCAUAACUCCACAUUGAACGCUGAUAUUGCUAUGAAAAUUGGAGUGCAAAUUGUAAACUUGCUGUAGAAUUGGGGAAAAUUCUAAUGUAUAAUACUGGGAAUAUUUUACAUCAUAAAACAUUAGGGAAAAAAAAUCAAAUUUUUAAUGCUUACGUGAAAACCGAUGCAUGGCUUAGCAUAACAUACUCAAGUCAGUUUAAUCAGUUAACUGAGUUGGGUAAGUAGUAAAUAUGUAUAAUUGAAGUAACGUUAAUAAAUAUAUACUGGUUUGAAACAACUUUGAACACUUUGGGAAAUUUUUGUAGGUAUUUAAGCAAUAUUGUCCAAUCUGAACAUGGAUUUCUUUAAAAUUUCUCAGUAUAAAACAUCAAAUCGAGAUCUCUCGAGAUUCCUCCUAGGGAUUAUUUUAAAAAUUAGCCCAGAGGUGCAGAAUGGUACCAGGAAUCGAUCCCUGAACUUAGUUUUGAUGGACAUUUUUAUUUUAUAAUAACGGUCUGUGGGGGCACCGUGCUGUAGACCGCUCACCUUUGUACCACUGGAGGCGUCGGAUCAAGAAGCGUUGACUCCCAACCACUUUUUGUUGGGCAGUUCUACCGGGAUUAAGAUUCUAGCAACGCCUCCCGUAGACAAUCGGGCUUACCUCAGAAGCAGCUGGAAAUUGGCCCAGUUCAUUUGCGAAGAAUUUUGGAGGAGAUGGCUGAAAGAAUACUUGCCAGUAAUAACCCGCAGAUGCAAGUGGUUCGACGAGGUAAAAGACAUUGAAGUUGGAGAUUUGGUGUUGAUGGUUAGUGGAGCAUCCAGAGGACAAUGGGUGAGAGGGAAAGUGGAGCAGGUCUUCCCAGGAAGAGAUGGAAGAGUACGGCAAGCGUUAGUACGGACCUCAACGGGAGUCUUCCGACGACCAGCUGUUAAGCUUGCUGUUCUGGACAUCGUGAGCAGUUGUAAACCUGGAUCAACGAUCUCUGAAACUCCAUAAGACCUCCAGGGUUUACGGGCGGGGGUAUGUUACGACAGACCCCUCGUUGCGACAGUGCUGCCCGUACGUAACGGGAUAUUGCAGUUAACUUCAGGCGAGCUGUUGGCUGCGAGCUGUCAACAGGGCAGAACAGAAAAAGUCACGUCGACAGAAAAACAAACGUGGACAGCUUUCAAAAUUGUAUCUCUAAAUUGCGUCUUUAAAAAACUAUUCCUGAAACUUGAAUUUAGUGGUUUAGCAUUGUACCCUCAUAGUGAAUUAGUAAUUCAACGUUAAAUGUAAGAUUGCAUAUACUUUAAAUGAAAUUAUAAUCAAAAUAAUGAUAAAUUAAUAACCUACAUAGAUCUAACCCACGUCAGCAAUAAAGAGCGAUCCGACGACUCACCUUAUUCAUUGUCGGUCUACCAAUUUUGUAAGAAGGAACCAAUAUACAAUAACAUUGUAUGACUAACAAUAAACAUGAAUUCUAGCUUGAAGCAUACAGCAACAAACUAGGCGUUUGCUUUCGAGAGUUGGACAACACCCACAAUAUACCCACCGUACAAAUUCAUUGGGAUUAUUUCAUUAAAAAUCAUCAAAUACUGCAAAAAAAAUGGAAUGUCGCAUUUUUUUAUGGGUCAUACUGUAGCCAGAGCCUGCUGAGAAAACUGAUUAUUUUGUGUUAUCCUGCGGAUCCUGUUACGGUAAUCUGGAUGGUUUAACUCAUUCGAAAUGGAUUACCGAAUUUAUAUUUCAUUGUUUCCAUAUAGUUUCCACUGUAAAAUUGGUGGUUCAAUGUAGAGAUGGGCAAAACAGUUCUUUUAAGAGAACCAUUCUCAAUUGAACAGUUCCUUAGAAAGAACUAGUUCUUUUGAACCGUUCUUCCGUUCACUAGUUUUAUGGUUGUUUUGUGAAUCAAACUUCGACGUUUAUACGUUGCCGUGCUAUUAACGUCAGUGCAUAAAAAAGGAAAUCUGUCUCCGCAAAAAUAUGUAGGUUUUUUAUACUCUGCGUUGACCAAGUAUUAAUCAACUGCCGUUUUUCGACCGGCUGCAUGCCAUCGGAGUACUAUUUUGCAAGAUCUAUGGGUAGAGAUCACUUACAACAUUCGCUCUCUCUGAACCCAAUAUUCGUUCAUUGGAAAAGCUAAAUGAACAGUUCUGCGAGGUAUGAAUUUUUCACGUUUUUAUAGAACGGAGAACUACCAUUCUUUUCAAACGAACGACAGUUCAGUCAUUCUCUCCCUAGAACUAGUUCUUUGGAACCGUUCGCGAACGGUUCGCCCAUCUCUAGUUCAAUGCGAAAUAUCUCCGGAACUUACACUCAUAUCACCAUGUGCUUCUAAAGUUGCUGAGCUCAUGUCUAUAUUGCCCUUUACAGGCAUGUAGCAAUUUGCCGGUAAGUCGUAACUUACUUACUUUCAGCCCUGGGCACCCACGGUGGUGCAGAGGGCCGAAUUGAAAGAUUUCCAUCCUGGGCGAUUGCCAGCCAUCGCCUUGACCUGUGGCCAGGUCAAAUUUCUGUCGACAAUUGUUUGAUUUCGUUGUUGAGGCUGCGCCGCCAUGAGCCUCUGGGUCUGCCUCUGCUGCGAUGUCCUGCUGGGUUCCAGUCAAACGCUUGCUUGCAGAUUUCGUUUCCGCCCCUGCGUAGAGUGUGGCCGACCCACCUCCACUUUCGCUCUCGAAUUUCUGUCGCUAUCGGCUUUUGAUAACAUCGACGUAGGAGCUCCACGUUGGAGAUCCAAUUGUGAGGCCACCAUGCACGAACUAUAUACCGCAGGCAUCUAUUGAUGAAGACCUGCGGCCGUUGAGUGUUCUCCACUGAUAAUCACCAGGUUUCACUGGCGUAUAACAGCACAGAUUUCACGUUCGUGUUGAAAAUUCGGAUAUUGGUGCGUCGACUAAUCUGGUUGUUUUUCCAUACAUUUCUUAAACUCGCAAAAGCAGGCCUCGCCUUCCUGAUCCGUGCACCUAUGUCGAUCUUGGUGCCGCCGUCGGCCGCCAUUUGGCUGCCAAUAUAAUGGAAGCUUUCAACAUUCUCCACUGAUUGCCCAGCUACCGUAAAGCUGGAAGGGUUGACCGUGUUUACAUCCAACGAUUUGGUCUUGUUGACGGUGAUCGUAAGACCUGCCGCUGAGGAGCGAUUGGCAAGAUCAUCGAGCUUGCUCUGCAUAUCAGAGCGCCGUUGAGCUAGGAGAGCAACGUCAUCAGCCAGUUCGAUGUUAUUUAGGUGCUCCAUGGUAAUGGGCUGCCAAAGCAAUCUACGAUUUGUUUCACGGUCAAUCGUAUCUACCAGGAUCUCGUCGAUUACGAUGAGGAACAGAAGCGGUGAUAGUAUACAUCCUUGCCUCACUCCAGCAACGACCCGGAUGGGAUCGGACAAAACACCGUUGUGCAGUACUCUGCACGAAAAUGCCCUGUACUGUGGUUCAAUGAGGCCGAUGAUUUUCUCAGGGAGACCCUUGCGCCUGAGGGCUUCCCACAUGUUUCCGUGAUUGAGACGGUCGAAAGCUUUUUCGUACUCAAUGAACACCAGGUAGAGAGACUCUUGGAAUUCAUUGAUUUGUUCCAGGAUGGUACGGAGCGUGACAAUAUGGUCCACACAGGAUCGUCCGGCACGGAAUCCUGCUUGCUGCCGUCAGAGAGUUGCGUCAACUUUCUCCUGUAUCCGGAUAAGGAUCACUUUGCAGAGGACUUUGAGAACGAUACAGAGUAACAUUAUGCCUUGCCAAUUAUCGCAUACAGUCAGGUCACCCUUUUUGGGUACCUUUACUAAGACGCCUUGCAUCCAGUCGGUCGGAAAUGUCGCGGUUUCCCAUAUGUUGCAGAAUAAUUAAUGCAGUAGUUGUGCGGAUACUAUGGGGUCAGCUUUGAGCAUCUCACCUGAUAUGCGAUCGACCCCUGAGGCCCUGUUCAAUUUCAUGCUACGGAUGACUGUUCCUAUCUCCUGCACUGAUGGAGUUUCGGUGUUGACACGGGUAAUGCGUCGAACCCUUGGCGGAUCAUGCUGAGGUGUUGAGGGCGUGACCGACACUUGAAAAAGGUUUCCAAAGUGCUCGAACCAGCGUUUCAACUGGCCAGCCGGGUCGGUCAGUAACUGUCCAGACGUGUCUUUCACGGGCAUCGAAGCAUUCAUCUUGGUCCCGCUAAGGCGACGUGAGACAUCGUAGAGGAGCCGGAUGUCGCCGGUGUUUGCGGCUUUCUCGCCUUCGUCGGCUAGGGAGUCCGCCCACGCUCUUUUGUCCCGUCUACAUGAGCGUUUCACUUCCUUCUCGAGAGCCGAAUAGCGCUGACGGGCUACGGCUUUGGCUCCUCAUGUUUUCGCUCGCUCUAUGGCGUUCCUUCGCUCCUCUAUCUUCCUUCAGGUAUCAUCUGUGAUCCACUGCUUUCUCCGGGUGUGUAGCUCACCCAAGUUAUUCUCGCCGGUGGCGAUGAAGGCGUUCUUCAUGGCGCUCCAUUGAUCUUCUACGCUUCCACCUGCUGAAAUAUCCGCAGCACGGUCCUCUAGCUCUUCGACGAAGGACCUUUUCACCGCAGCGUCUUCCAGUCAGCGUGUGUUGAACCGGCGCCCGAUUUUCUCCUCCUGUCGAUGGAUACUAGCAAUGCGCAGUCGGAUCUCGCCGAUUAGGAGAUGAUGGUCGGACGCAAUGUCGGCGCUAGGUUUGAUCCGCACAUCAAAAAGGCUCCGUCUCCAUUUUCGGCUAAUGUAGAUGUGGUCGAUUUGAAUUGCACUGAUCGAUGAGGAAAGAGCGAUCCCCCAAUCACCAUAUCAUUGUUGCCACAAAACUCUGCAAACAGCUCUCCGUUUUCGCUCAUUUCUCCGAGACCAUGGCUUCCCAUGACGUGUUUAUAGUCCGAGUUGUCGGAACCAACCUUCGCGUUGAAGUCGUCCAUGAGGAACUUGAUGUUUCGGAAUCUUGUCCACGACAGCAUUCAGUUGACUGUAAAAGUUCUCUUUGUCUUGCAAUUCGGCAGCAUCGGUUGGCGCGUAACAUUGGAUCAUGGUAAGGUUUCGAACCCGUGUUCUGAAUCUGGCUACAAUUAUCCUCUCAUUAAUAGGUUCCCACUGCAUGAGCGCUGCGUAGGCGUGAGAGCUGAGCAGGAAAUCAACUCCACGGUGUCGAGGAGCGUGUUCACCUCGUAGGCCAGAGUAUAGCAGAAUUUGACCCGACGCCAACCUGUGUUCUCCAAAGUUUUGCCAAUGGACUUCGCUCAGUCCUAGGAUCUCAAGCUUCAUACGGCAUGCCUCAUUGGCUAGUUGUACCAGUUUACGCUGCUGGGCUAGGGCUAAUACAUUCCAAGUUCCAAUUCUUGUUCGUUGUUUCGCGCUAAAAGUCGCUACCGUUGAAUCAGUUCGUAAUCUUUCAUUUUCGGUUUCUGUAACGUUUUUUUUUGGUUUCGGAAACAGUAGGUUGUUGGCCUAAGGUCCCCUAUCCACCGUGGUGGGGCUGCCACCUUAGGUAUAGUUUCCGGUGGAGGAGCAUUUCAUACUCAGCCGCUGGAUGCCAGAACAGACGCUGUCUGAGCCGCACCUCCUUGGUGAACAGACGCUCGAGACGUACCUCCUCAAUCUAGCUGAAGUCAGAAGGACAACAGUGCCCAGGCUGCACUACCAGCUUAGCACACAACUCUUAGCUGGCGGUCUUUGUCAUCGUUUGACCCGUGGAAGCAUGAGGUAGGAACCAGAGCUAUGUUGGACGCUCUCCUUUUCGACUCACCGCUUUGCAGUCCGGUAAGUCGUAACAUACCGGGAAAAACGUGAAAAUUAGAAGACACAGAAUGUUGAUGAACGGCAGCCUAUUUAUUGCACCCAUAAACAAAUAGAAACGCUCCAUAGAAAAUCAAAAAGCGCUCCAUAAAGAAUCAACAUAUGUUCCACGAAAAUGUGCAAUGUUACCCAUAAAUAAUCGUAAACGUUCCAUACUUCAUAAAAAAUGUACCGGUAAAACAUAAAAUUUUCUCACUAAAAGUGAAAUUUUGCGCCAAUAAAUAAUACUGAAAUGCUUCAUAAUAAAAUACAAAUGCUCCAUAGAAAAAUGCAAACGCUCCAUAAAUAAUUAAAAUUGUACCCAUAGAAAAUUGAAUAUUGCUCCAUAGAAAAAUUAAAUUGCACCAUAAAAAAUUGAAAUUGCACCAUAGAAAAUAGAAGAUUUCACCAUAAGUAUUAUCAAACUGCACCAUAGAAAAUAUGAAUUGCUCCAUGAAAAAUUUAAAAUCCUCCAUAGAUAGCAUAAUCUCAUAAUUUAAUUCGACAGGGCUGAAUUGCUUUACAUUGCACUGCUUUAGUGGUGCAAAUGUUAAAAGUUAUUGAGAAUUUCAAUUUUUUAUGGAGCAAAUUGUAUUUUAUGUGGUGCAGUUUAUAAUACUUAUGGAGCAUUUGUCUAUUUUUUAUGGUGCAAUUAAAAUUUUUUAUGGUGCAAUUUUAUUUUUAUAUGGAGCAAUAUUCAAUUUUCUAUGGGUACAAUUUUAAUUUUUUAUGGAACGUUUGCAUUUUUCUAUGGAGCAUUUGUAUUUUAUUAUGGAGCAUUUCAGUAUUAUUUAUUGGUGCAAAGUUUCACUUUUAUUGAGAAAAUUUUAUGUUUUACCGGUACAUUUUUUAUAAAGUAUGGAACGUUUUCAAUUAUUUAUGGGUAACAUUGCACAUUUUCAUGGAACAUAUGUUCAUUCUUUAUGGAGCGCUUUUUGAUUUUCUAUGGAGCAUUUGCAAUUUGUUAUGGUUGCAAUAACCUUUUGACGUUGAUGAACUGGCAAUUGAGAGAUGAAAUUGUGAAAAAUUCGCGUACUUGUGGGAUUCGAACCGGCACGACUCCGUAUUCGCUAGACCGGUGCUUUAACCAACCAAGCCACAGAACUGGUAUUGUUUCUGCUGUAUAGAAACACCAUGAGCAUCCUAUUUUUACACUCAGAUAAAAAUAAUGAAAUUUACACGUCUUGUAAACUUCAUUUUAGUCAUGUAAACUUCCAGUUAUGAUGGUUUACAUGAUAUAUCAUGUGAAUUUGUGUUAUAUGUCAUGUAAAUACUCAGAGUCAUGCUAAAUUACAUGACACAUAAGACGAAUUUCGCCCCAAAUCGUAUUCGGAGUUGGCAGCACCCUCUCAGAUUACAAUGAAACUUUCUGGGUAUGUACACCAAGACUAGAUAAGCCACUUUGCAUACUUAGGGUCUGUUCCAAUUGGCGAAUUAAAAAUAAUUUUCACUUAAACUUGACAGUUCGAUAAUUAUUUCCUUAGGAGAACUGUCAAGUUUGAGUGUCGAACUGUCAAAUUUAAUUGAAAAUCAAUUUUAAUUCGCCAAUUGGAACAGACCCUUAGUUUCUUCAAAAUUUAUCUGGACUGACUUUUGAAAAGGGCUAAACUUUUUUUAUGGAUUUUUUAAAAAUGUUUUUAAUCAAAAAAUGACUACUCCUACAAAAAAGUGUUGUAUGGGUGAUUAUCACAAAAUAAGUCAAAUUUUAAGAAAAAAAUACUGAAAAAAAAUCCAAAAUGAGCCCUACACUGGAAAAAAUCAUUUCUAAAAAUUCAAAGUUGAUUUAAAAAAAAAACACCAUUUUUGAUUUUGAUGAAAUUUUGUCUCAAGACAGGUAAUUAUGUUCCCUACCAACCGUCCAUACAUCACAAGAUAGGCACUUUUAAGGAAAAAAAAGUUUUUCUAACAAAAACUUUUUCAUGUCCAAAUUAUUAUUUUUUCAGUGUCUUUUUUUAAAAACAAACUAAACCAGUGAAGGUUAUCUAGUAAUCUUAAAAUGCAAUGAAACUUAUUGUGUCAUAUGCGACAAUGCAAUGCACCCAUAUUCACGCAGCAGCACUCUAGAAGUACGAAACAAUAUACAAUUAGAACACGCAUUUCAUACGUGCUGCUGUAAUUUCUACCCAAACGUUUCUACCCCAUGUUCUUACCUAAUAUUAGGUAAGGCUAUUUAUUAGGAGUAGUGUGCGGUAGUUCUAGUUCGGCAGCAGCAAAGCAUCGCGCGCUGGCUUUGCUAGAUUUUUGCGAUUUUUUCUCUUUUCUCUGCGGGCUCCGACGACGGGACGCCAAGCAGUCAGUAGUGUGCGGUAGUUCGGCAGCAGCAAAGCAUCGCGCGCUGGCUUUGCUAGAUUUUUGCGUUUUUUUCUCUUUUCUCUGCGGGCUCCGACGACGGGACGCCAAGCAGUCAGUAGUGUGCGGUAGUUCUAGUUCGGCAGCAGCAAAGCAUCGCGCGCUGGCUUUGAAAAGUGUACAGGCCGCGUUUUCAUUCGGUCGUCGUCGUCGUCGUCGUCUAUUUGACUGCUCAUCUUCGUACGGGGCGAUUUAUGAUACGAUAAAUGCAACAUCAACAUUUUUUGCGAUUUUAGUCAACAGACAUUGAAUUGUUCGUCACGUCAAGUGUCGGCCCAAGUUCCAAAGCCACGUUGGUUCAAAUCACUUUAUUUUCUCUUUCGUUAAUUUUCGCACUUCGAAAACUAUCUGAAUGGUUCGUCAUCUUCGAUGUCGGCAUGUGUUUUGUUUUAGUCCAAAUGAAAAUAAGUGGUUUGAUAUUAAUAGGGUUGCAUGAAUCACUCCACUUACCAAAGUGAACUCAUAUCAUGCGCCCUUUCCCCUCCCCACUAACAAAAAGUCCUUCCCAUGACAGACGUGGAGACGCAGAGGUGAUCUCGGUCUUUAGUAAGCAACGCACGUCAUAAUAACAUUCCUUUCCUUCCUGGAUGACCGUAAGGACGUGGCCGGCGCCGUUAUUGACCUAAUAAAGUUUGGAACUCUCGAAGAUGCACAUUGAGGACGGUAAGCUACUCCCAAGCUCCGUCUGUUGGUUCCUUGUGCAACUUCGAUUGUUCUGGUCAAUCACGGAGUAGCAACUACGAAUAGUACGGUUAUCUAUGCUCAUGCUCAUGCUCAAUAUUAGGUAAGGCUAUUUAUUAGAUUCGAACUACCUAAUCGAAAAAAAAAAUCAAGAGUUGUACCUAAAGCAAAUAUGAACAAAACAAGAAAAUGAAUCGGUAUCAUUCAACGUGUUACUUCUCUUUGGUUAUUAAAGGCAGUUCUGAAAAGUAAUGGAUCAAUCGUAUAAAUCAAAAUUCAACAAAUUCAAGUGCAGUGCAAAAAUAAACAAUCCAAAGUGCAACCGUCAUAAUCUACGGGGCAUGUCAUUAAGAUUGAUAGAUAAGAUUCAUUCCAUGGGAUAUACACAUGAAAUCGACGAAUCGAUGAGUAUUUGUGAGUCAUGUCGUGGAUUGAUAAGUCACAACAGAAGCCCGAAUACGAAAAAAACGCCGAUCGGAUGGAAACGACGAAACUAUGCAACCAUCAUUUAGUGGGCAGCAACAUCAUGAUGUUCCAGAACCAGAACCGUCAACGAGUGGUCAACAAAUCGAACAUGAGCUGGAUAUGGUACCAUCUAUUCCAUCAUUGGAGUCAAUUCCGUCAACAGAUCAACUACAGGGUCCCCAUAAUAUUGAGAAGUUUAAUACCAUUGCUGAAACAUUGAGUUUAUCGCCAAUCUCAUCUAGAAACAUGAGAAGUAUGGAAUAUCGCAUAAACAAAUCAUUGCAGAUUACGAAAGCAGUUCGAAAAAAUAUCUUCGGAAUAGAUUCAACGGAUGUUGGCAAAGUGGAGGCGUAUGACGAGAUAAUUAUGCAGUUAAAGGAUAAGUUCAAUCACCCUACAACUGACAGAAGCGAACAGAUUAAAAUACUAUCUGUACUUCCUAAGUCUUGGUCGGUAAAUAAAAUCACAAGAGAGUUUAACGCACCAAUGUAUAUGGCGAGGCAAAUGAAGGAUCUUGUUUAUGAACAGGGUAUUCUUUGUACCACCGAAAAAAGAAGGGGGCAUGGUAUUGAUGACGAUACAAAACAAAUAGUAAGAGAAUUUUUUGAUGAUAAUGAUAUCAGCAGGCCAAUGCCAGGAACAAAUGAUUUUGUUUCUGAGGUUCGAAAUGGAAAAAAACAACAAGUUCAAAAACGACCUUUGAUGAUGUCGCUCAAAGAGGCUUAUAUGAUUUUUGUAGAUAUGUACAAAACUGUGAAUAUUGGUUUCACAGUAUUUACACAGUUGCGACCAAAGCAUUGUAUUUUACUUGAUUCUACUGGUAUACAUAAUGUAUGCAUAUGUACUAUUCAUGAAAAUGUAAAUUUAAUGUGCAACAGUAUAAGAAUUGUGUCACAAGAUGAAAUAAUACAAAAAAUGCUUUGCGAUAUUUCCACCAGAACAGAUAAUUGCUUUUUCCGUGCUUGUGAAAAGUGUGCUUGUAAUGAACACAUUGAAGAGGAACUUACAUUGAUAUUAGAAUCAAAUGACAAAGAAGAGAUUAUAUUUCAGCAGUGGUUGAAUACUGAUCGCUGUAAUUUAGAAACGAUUAUUAAACCUGUUGAUGAAUUUGUUCCGUAUCUUGUUGAUAAAAUUGACAAACUUAUAACACACGACUUUAUUCAUAAACAACAAUCAUCAUUUCUCAGAAAUAAAAAAUAUACAUUAAAGGAUGAUGAAAUUCUUGCGAUUUGUGAUUUCUCUGAAAACUAUUCAUUCAUAAUUCAAAACGCUGCUCAAGGAUAUCAUUGGAACAACUCGCAAGCAACAAUACACCCAUUUGAAAUUUACUAUAUGAAAGAUAAUAAACUUGUAAAUGUUAGCUUCAUUAUCAUAUCGGAAGUAAUGGCUCACGAUACAGUUGCGGUCCAGUUGUUCAUCUCAAAAAUGAUAGAUUUUAUGAAACAAUUAACGAACUUUUCUAAAAUUUAUUUUAUGUCUGAUGGGGCAGCAUCACAAUACAAAAAUAAGAAGAACUUUGCUAGUCUAUGUAGAUUCCAGUCAAAGCAUGCAUUAAGAGCAGAAUGGCAUUUUUUUGCAACGUCCCACGGUAAAGGUCCAUGUGAUGCUAUUGGUGGCACUCUCAAGCGAAUGGCAAAGAGAGCAAGUCUUGCUCGAGAUUAUGGAAAUACCAUAACAACUCCACGAGAGUUAUAUAACUGGGCAGUUGUACAGACAGAUAAAAAUAUAACUAAAUUAAAUUUCUGUUACGUAUCCACUGAACAGUACAUUAAAAUGUCAGAAGAUCUCGAAGAAAUAUAUAAUAACGCCAAAACAAUACCAGGCACUCAGAAAUUCCAUAGUUUUUUGCCUAUUCCUGGCGACAAAGUAAAGGCAAACAGGUAUUCUAAUUCAGAAGAUGAACCAAAAAUAUUUAGUAUGAUCGGAAAAAAUAGAAAAGAACAUGUUUGAAAUUGGCUCUAAGACACAUAUAUAAAUAUUUGAAAAAUUCAUAAUUAUAAAUAAUUGUAUAUUUAAAAGUGCACUUCAAUACAUAUUGCGAUCAAACAUUACAUUUCCUAAGAAAAUACAUUUGUAAUAUUUUGAAGUUUUUUAUGUAUAGGAAAACCCUUCCAAAUGAUUGAAUAAAUAACACAAAAUCUCCUAGAAAAUUGAGUUUCAUUGGAUUUUGGGAUUGUUAUGGCCUUCACUGGUUUUAUUGUUGAUAACAAAAUACACUGAAAAAAAAAUCAUUCGAACAAGAAAAAGUUUUUGUUAGAAAAACUUUUUUUCCUUAAAAGUGCCUAUCUUGUGAUGUAUGGACGGUUGGUAGGGAACAUAAUUACCUGUCUUGAGACAAAAUUUCAUCAAAAUCAAAAAUGGUGUUUUUUUUUUUAAAUCAACUUUGAAUUUUUAGAAAUGAUUUUUUUCAGUGUAGGGCUCAUUUUGGAUUUUUUUCAGUAUUUUUUCUUAAAAUUUGACUUAUUUUGUGAUAAUCACCCAUACAACACUUUUUUUGUAGGAGUAGUCAUUUUUUGAUUAAAAACAUUUUUAAAAAAUCCAUAAAAAAAAGUUUAGCCCUUUUCAAAAGUCAGUCGAGAAAAAAAAAUAGAAAAAUGAGUAUGCAAAGUGGCUUAUCUGGGCAAGGUCUACACACCAAGAAAGUUUCGUUGUAAUCUGAGAGGGUGCUGCCAACAUUUGUUCGAGUUGGCGCGAAAUCCGUCAUA